AUUUUAGGGAUGGCCUGGGAAAGGGGAGGGAGAAUAAUGAAUGAAAGAAUGGUAGAGUGCAGAGAGAGCGAACGCGGAGAGAGCGGAGCCAGUUUGAAGGCCAUUGCGGAGAGAGUCACAUGUGCUUUUCGGGUUUUCGAGAGGUGUGUGGGGCAGUAGGGCAAAGAAGGAGACUGCCCAAGAGCAGGCCCAAGAAACAGGAACAGGAAGAAUCGAAAAACUUGACGAAAGAGAGCUCCGAAGAGAGAGUGUUCUCUGGCAGAUAGAAGCUCUGCCGGCGCCGACGUCGGCAGCGGCAGAGGCGAGAACUUUCCAUGGCUGACAAAAAAAAAGCGGCGACAUUAAACAGCGGUACCUUCAACCGAUCACAUUUGCCUUUGAAGCAAGCCAUUGAAUAAUUCAUUAAAUAAUAAAUACAAAAAUAUACCUUUGGAAAAUCACAACAAAUUUCGAAAAGGAUUAAGUGCUUAUUCCUUGGAAAUCUUUCCUGUUGGAAAAAUAUGUCUUAUUAGCCCGGAAAACAAAUCAAAGUGCAUGUUAGAGAACACAAACGUAUCGACAAACACACAGACAAAAAAGAAAUGUGGCAGAAAACAACAGAAUGGUGGCGAGCUGCGUCAGCAUGGAAAUUUAAUUAGCGACAGUUGAGUUCAGCUGAGCAGCGUUAAGACGCGCGGAUUGCCACACCCCCAGCAACCACCCACCGCCCACCACCCACUCGACCACCCAAAAACAAAAGAAGAGGAUUGCGAUUUCGUUGAUUUUUGCAUGACGACAGCAAAAAGCGAAAAGGCGGAACAACAAUCGAAAUGCAACUGCACGCGUGUGUGGGUGUGCGAGCGAGGCAGCCUAUGCAAAGCAGACAUGCGCUCUCUCCUCUCAGCGCAGCGACUUGAACUUGAAAACUUUUUACUGCCGGCAAAACGGGAGAGGCAGUGCAAGAGAGCCAAAGAGAGCGCUAUGAUUCCGCCCACAUUUGCCACGCCCCCGCUGCCGCCGGAAAAAGCUUUUGACGACACGCAACGUAGCAUAAAAAGCAGCAUAUCGGGAAAUCCCCCGAGUUUCCCCCCGCCCAACAUUGGCCAGAAGGUGGCGCUCGUGGCGCCAAAAAAGCUCUACCAACUGAAGUUCGCUCUAAAAAAACAUCCGCAAGAUGAGCCCGAACGAAUUUACCAAAUUAGUGCCACCACAAUCAAGUAACCUCAAUUGGCUAUGCGCUUUGGCAGUGUGGUUAGCUGGUUGUGUAGCCAAUUAUUGCCGUUGACAAUUCACAGCCACUAUCUUCACUGCCGCCGCGACAGGCUAAUGCAACGAUAAUGGUGUUUAGGAGGAGGUGGAAGGAUAUACUUGAAAUCCCAGAGGAAGGACUGGUUCUGGACCCCAUAUCGAGAAGAACUUUGAAUCCAACUAAAUCACGGCGUGAUCCACAACAGCUUUUCCAGACAUCACUACUUCAAAUAAAUAUGA